UAAAAAGUUACCCUUUUUUCUGCAAAUUGCAAUCGCUCACCAUUUGCGAAGGAGCAAUAGCCGCGGCCGCAGCUAGGCGAUUCAGGAGUGUAUCAAACCUCCUGAUAUCGGCGGUUUCUAAUUCUUCUCCGGCCGCCGCUGACGCAGAAACAAUUGCUACCCCCUAACAAUUUCCCGGUUGCGGAUGCUUGAGGACACUCCAGAACCCCCUGUGUAGGUUAAUUACAGUUUCUAGUGCCUGUAUAUGGAUAUGCUUUCAACAGAAAUUUGCUGUGACGAGGAGGCUAACAUACGAAAGAAAAAGACACAAAAGAGCAAAAAGAGAAUAGUUAAAGAUGGAGUUCGAAGCUUGGACCAGAAUAACACGGAUACUCAGUUGGUGAACGAAAGUACUGACGGAAAUGUGUUUGUAGACAAGCUGAUUAAAGAUGAAGUCCAACGUGCGGGUCGAAGUAAAAUGGCUACUAGGUCAAUGACAAAUGAAACUAUUGAGAAGCCUAUAGAUAAAGAUAAACACCAAUUCUCUUGCCAAAGUGAAGUGGAUAGAGGGUCAUCACAACCUCUCACUGGAGUAACUGUGGCUAUCGAGAAUUCAGAAUUACUUGAUGAGUACCCAAGUAACAUUGAUACAGGGUCAACAAAAAUUAUUGCUCAAGGAACUGUUCCUGGGAAAAGGACAAGGAAACGAAAAAGAACUGCAAAGGCAGAAAUUGAGGCAGAAGCCCAACGUGAAUUGGAUGCUAGAAUUCUUGCUGAAGAAAAUCUGACCACCAAGGAAUCAAAGAUUAAAGAUGAAAUCCAAAAAAAUGGCCUGACUAAAACGGUGAUUGGGAAUCAGAAAAUUCAAGAUGAAACUCAAAGCAUGUGCUGCAGUAACUUGAACAAUGGGCAAGUACAGACUGCCAUCACAAAAAGAAAAAUAAAGAAGUCAAAUUUGACCAACGAGAAGCCAAAGGUUAAAGAUGAACUCCAGACCUUGGACCACAAUCAAAUGAAAAAAGUGUCACUAGAAAAUCUUGCUGAUGGAAAGGUUAUCACUGAGAAUUCAAAAACUCUAGAUGAAGCUCAAAGCAUGGACCAAAAUUCCAUGGACAAAUGGCAGCCGGCAGAAAAUCUUGCUCAAGGAGAUGUGGCUGGAAAAAGGAUAAAGAAGGGGAAAAAGAAGAAGAAAGCAAAAGUUAAUGGUGAAUUCCAAAGUGAAGUGGAUGCUAGACCAGUAAAUUUAGCCGAAGGAGUUGCAACUCUCAGUAACCAAGAGAUUAAAGAUGCAGCACAAAGUGUGGCCCAGACUGAAAUGGAUACAGGUUCAACAGAUAGUGUUUCUGAAAGGAAUGUGACUAUUGAUAAUCCAAAAGUUCAAGAUGAAAUUCAGAGCAUAGACCUCGCGAAAAAGGAUACACGACCUACACAAAAUCUCGCUGAGGCAAUUGUGAUUGUGAAAAGAAAAAAGAAGCAAACAAAAACCAAGAAAGAAAAAGUUGAGGAUGAAUUCUUGGGCAGAAUGGAUGCAAGACCAACAGAAAAGCUUGCUGAAGCAAAUGUCAAUAUUAAGGUUCCGGAUAAGAGAGAUGAAGUACCAAAUGUGGUCCUGGCAGAUAUGGAUAUUGGGUCAGCAGAUAAUGUUGCUGAAUGUAAUGUGUCUAUCAAGUUACCAAAAGAUGAAGAUGAAUUUCAGAUCAGAGAAAAAGUGGAUAUAAGACCAACACAACAUAUUGCUGAAGGGAAUGCGACUGUGAAAAGAGAAAAGAGGCGACAAAAAAAAGACGAGAAGGCAAAGGUUGAGGAUGAAUUCUCCGGCAGAAGGGAUGCCGGACCAACAGAAAAGCUUGCUGAAGUAAAUGUAAAUGCCAAGAUUCUAGAGACUAGAGAUGAAGUGCCAAAUGUGGGUAUGACUCCAAUGGAUACAGGGUCAACAGAUAUUGUUGCUGAAAGGAAUGUGAUUAUCGAGAAACCAAAAGUUCAAGAUGAAUUCCAGAUCAUAGACCAGGCAAAAGUGGAUACAGGACCGACACAAAGUCUUGAAGGAAAUGCGACUGUGAAAAGAAAAAAGAGACGAGGAAAGGCCAAGAAGGCAAAAGUUAAGGAUGAAUUCUCUAGCAGAAUGGAUGAAGGAUCGACAGAAAAUCUGGAGAGGGGAAACGGUCAUGCUGAGGGGAGGGGUGCAGUCCCUACUUGCAAUGCAUGUACUGAUAAGGAUGCGGAAAUCUUAUGGCUUAAAACGACUCCGAUUGUUUCAGUUAGGAAAAAACUUAUUGUCCUUGAUAUAAAUGGUCUGCUUGCAGAUGUAGUAUCCCCAGCACCAAAACAUUAUAAAGCGGAUAUUAAAUUAUGGGGAAGAGCAGUUUUCAAGAGACCCUUCUGCGAUGAUUUUUUGAAGUUCUGUUUCCAGAACUUUUAUGUGGGCAUAUGGUCAUCAAGAACCAAGAAAAUACUUGAUGGAGUUGUGAGUUAUUUACUGGGAGAUAAAAAGGACAAGUUGCUAUUUUGUUGGGAUAUGAGAUAUUGUACACAAACAGGGUUCAAAACUCUUGAAAAUCGUCAUAAGCCUUUGGUCUGCAAAGAGCUAAGGAACAUUUGGGAAAAGGAUGAUCCUAGCAUCCCAUGGAAAAAAGGAGAUUUUAAUGAAACAAACACAGUAUUGCUGGAUGAUUCUCCUUACAAGUCCUUACUAAAUCCUUUGCAUUCAGCAAUAUCUCCCAAUCCAUACCAGUACUCUGACACCAAUGAUAAUUCACUAGGUCCCGGAGGUGAUCUUCGAGUUUAUUUGGAAGGUCUGGCAGCAUCUGAAAAUGUGCAGAAUUAUGUGGGGCAACACCCGUUUGGUCAAAGACCUAUAGGUGAACAAGACCUUUCUUGGGAGUUCUACCGUAGGGUACUCAAAGAGAUGUCCAACGAUGAAAUAUCCCAAUCCCAAUCCCAAGUUGAGGCUUAAAUUAUAGCUCAAGAGGCUUAUAGGGCUUACGUUUAGGCUUAUAGCAAAGGAUGUUUUCUUUUUGAACUUUGAUUUUGUGUUAGGUGAAAUGUUGAUGCGUCGGGAUUCACCCGAGAAGGUAUAUUUGCUACAUUAGGAGCGUUAGCCAAUGGAACCCGUCAAGGAAUUUGGCUAUCUUUGGACUGGUACAGUCAUGGCCGCCGUUCACUAGGGCUUUGGGCUAUGGUUGAGGCUCACCUGUCAAUAUACUGACCUUGGUUUUUGAUGCCUUUAAAGGGGUAUUUUUGUAAUUUACUCUUGAAGGAAAAUAUUGUCAUUUGAUCCUCUUACUAUUGCAUUUAAAUGCGUAUGAAA